CAUUGCCUCCUUGCCUAUUGUAGCCAUUCUCCAUCGUUUUCUAACUAUUUUGGUAUUGGUUCCUUUUCUAUAUGCCUUCAGCUCCUAUAUAGACAAAGCCCAGUUCUUUCUUAUUCCUUCGUUAUCCCCACCCUAUUCUUUGUUUUUUGAUCAAACUCAAAUCUUUUCAUUCUUUGGAUUCUUGUUUUGACUUUCGACCCUGUUUGAUUUGCCUCAAGGUGUUUAAUCAAAUUCCUCUGACAUGUUGGCAACUGGGUUUUGCGUGAAGUUUCCAGAAGGGGGCACAGUUGUGUUAUAAAGAGUUUCAACCCUUCAAGUGUUUUAGAGGGUGUUGGUAUCACCAUAUAUGGCAUCAUCUCUGGAGGACCUUCUAGCAAAAGAUGGUUUCAAAGGAAAAAAAUUAUGGGCAAGGUCGAGGACUUCCUUGCGGACCGAAAGGAUCUCUCAAUACAUUAGUCCAGACCAACCAAAGAGACAUUCAGUGUCAGGAGAUACAGCGAGGACAAGGUAUGCUGUAAAUCGUAAUGGUGCAGUAGAUGAUUUACCAACAGGCGAUGAUAUCAGAGGUAGGAGGGGACUAAGAGAUGACCUUCUUAAAAGAAAUGAAGUAGAUGGAGGAUCAAAGAAAGAAUUUAGGGUCAGUAGACUUGGAGGACUAGGUUCUACUAGCAGGCAGGAAGCUAGGAGUUUAAAUAGCAAUGUAGGAGAGAGAGGCCAUGCUAGUGUAUGGGAAGCUAGAAGUUUAAAAAGCAAUUUAUCGGAUAGAGAUCAUGCCAAUGUGUGGGAAGCUAGAAGUGUGAGAAGCAAUUUUUCAGACAGAGGUCAUGCCAGUUUGUGGGAAGCUGGAAGUUCAAAGAGCAAUGUAUCAGCACAUCUGCCUAGAACUGAGAUAGUUGAGGUUGAAGAUGAACAAUACAAGGACGUAUAUUCAAACGAGUUGUAUCGCUCAGAGGGAAGGAACCAUAGAUAUUCUAAUGGAAGUGUGGAAAAGGAAGGAUUUGAGGAGCGGUUGACGAAGCUGACAGAGGCGGGUAGGAGGAACAGCAACAGUUCAACUACCAAUGUGUCUGGACGUGUGAGUUUCAGUGAGGUUAACAGAAAAAGCAGGAAACAGCGUGCAAGCUCUCAUGACCGGUUAAAUAGAGGUUCAUCAAUCAGCAAAAAUUCUGAAGAUAGCCGCAGCCGAAAGCGUGACAAAGUUUUACAUCCUGAUUCCAAACCUGCUCUUGAUGAAAUUGCUAUCAAAGCCAUAGUUUCCAUAUUGAGUGGCUAUAUUAAGCGUUUUAUAAAAGAGGAGGAGUUCCGGAGUGCACUUAGAGAUAAUUGCAUGAGUUCUUUGGUAUUUAAUGAUCAGGAAAAAGAGCAUGCUGAGACCAAAGUCAUAGAAAACCUGGAAGAAGCAAUAGAAACAAUAUCAAUGGCUGCUGAGGAGUCUGCAAAUGACACAGAUUUAAGAAGAGCCUCUUUGCAGCUUAGUGUUAUCACAGGCUUGACCUCUGAUGAUUUGCAGUAUGGAUUUACAUCGGGGGUUUCUAAUUGCAGGUUGUCAGCUUGUGCUCAUCUCUACCUCAGUGUGGUGUAUAAGAUCCUGAAGAAAGACAGGGUAUCAGCAAAGCACCUUCUGCAAGUGUUCUGUGAUUCACCAUUUACUGCAAGAACGAUAUUGUUGCCUGAAUUGUGGGACUAUCUAUUUUCUCCACAUCUCUCACAUUUAAAGGUGUGGUAUGAUCAGGAGGCUGAUUCUGUGGCAGAUGCAAAAAACGGGUCAAGGAAACUGGAGCUGUUAGGAAAGGUGUACAAUGAUAUUUUAGACUCCGGGACAUACCAAUUUGCACUUUAUUAUAAGGAUUGGCUUACAGAAGGAAUUGAAUCUCCUUGCAUUCCUUCCAUCCCUGUCCCUUCAUUGUCUCUUUGGCAAGUUCAGCAGGGAAGCUCUCAUGGUCAUUCUUCAGAGCUGGCUAGUCCAGGUGGUCCACAAUCCAUGGUCAGCAAAAAACUGUAUGAUGCAGUAUUUGGCCGCGCAAGUAAAACCGAAUUACAUGAAGUUGAAGUUGAAUUGGAUGGAGGGAUUCAAAGCUUUGAAGAAAGUAUGAGAACUCCUGAUGGCUCAGCUGUUGUUGAACAAAAAAGACCAUACUUUGGAGAAGCAUCACAGUAUGGGUAUCGAGAUAUUGAAGAAGAUCCCAGUAAGAUUGCACAAGAAAUUGAAUCCCUAGCUGGAAAUGAACUCUCAAUGGUACCUGACCAGCAGUGGAGUUUCUCUAGAGAUAGUGAUCCACGAGAAAGUGACCUCAAUGACCAGUUUGGUAACAUUUCUAGAGAAAACACAGACAGCACCAAAAUUGUACAUCAACUAGAUCCUAAAGAAAUGGAGCUUACUCAGAAAGGGAUUACAAAAUCAAUAUCUACUGUUUCGGAUUCUAGUCAAGCGUCAAUUACCAGUUCUGUUAUAAAUCCAGUCAAAGCAAUGUCUUCUUCUGAAGGGUCACAGGGAAAUUAUGUUGAAGAAGGAGUUGAUUUAUCAAGUAUUCCCCAGGACUUCCUUUGCCCCUUAAGUGGGGAGUUGUUUGAAGAUCCAGUCACUCUAGAGACUGGUCAAACCUUUGAGCGUUCGGCCAUCAGGGUAUGGUUUGAUGAGGGAAACAGAACAUGUCCUGUGACAGGAAGAGCUCUGGAAUCACUAGCAGUACCUCUUACCAACCUAAUCUUAAAGCGUGUGAUUCGUAGUUGGAAGUCUGAACAUUCGAGGCAACUCUUAGCUUAUGCCUCUCAUGUAGUUGGGACAUCCGGGAGAGUGAAAUCCAAACACUACGACGAAACAAUUAUUUUUGUGCUAGAGCAGCUUCUCACUUGUUUCAGCAAAAAAGAAAGAACGUCAAAUGCCAAACACCUUCUCUCUCUUGGAUUCUUGCAGUUUCUUCUACAAAGGUUCGAAAUAGGAAAGGAGGAAGAGAAAUCACGUGUAGCUGCACUGUUUGCCUGUUGUAUAGAAGCAGAUGCAGGUUGUAGGUGUCUGAUAGCAAGUAGCAUUAAAAAACAAUGCCUCUUGGAGCUACUUCAGGGAAAUGACGUUAGCAUAAGAACAAAUGCGGUGUUGUUGAUGACAGAACUCAUUUGCUUGAAGAGGAAGAAAGAUGUGUCAUUACUUCUCACUGGCUUGCAGAAUGAAGGGAGGAUGAAUAUAAUGGCCAUUCUGCUUAAGCAUCUCCAAAGUUCUGUACCAAACCAAAGGCCCUUGGCUGCUGUGCUCUUGUUAUACCUAGAUAUUAUGGUAUCAGUUGAACCACAAGAGUAUAGCAUAUAUAGAUCGGAAGCUGUUGAUGCCAUUGCUGAAAGUCUUCAUUGCAGCUUAACUAAUGUGAAUGUCCGAGAGACUUGCUGCAAAGCACUUCUUAUCUUGGGAAUGCAUUUCUCUAUCUCUGGAAAAUUGUUGUCACAAAAGUGGAUGAUAAAGGAAGCAGAUCCUAAUGAUAAUGGUGAAGUGGAUUCAGUUGACAAUGGAGAAGACGGUUCACUAGCUAGUGACACAUAUCCGUCGGAUGACGAAGAUAAUUUGACUGAAUAUUGGUUGAGGUACUUGACUAUCACACUGCUUGGAUAUGGAACAAAAUCAAUUUUAGAAAUCCUUUCAAAGUGUUUAGGGUCAGAACACUUAAAUUUGGUCAGGAUGUGCCUAAUCACCGCAGAAUGGUUGAGCCGAGCACUUUCUUCACUAUCUGAUUCCGAGUUUCAGCUCUCAGCCUUCUCAGCUCUCAUUCAUCCACUGAAAGAAAAUCUGAAAAACAGUGAUCACGUUGAGCACCAAGUUCUUGCUACAAUGUCUCUGCUCAACUUCACCAAAAUCUCUGAGUGCAGGGUGCUUUUGAUGGAAAGCACAGAAGAUAUUUCAAUUCCUCUACAAAACCUUGCUGAAGUAACAUGGAGUGCAAAAGUGUUAUAUGCCAUCAUUUCUGGAGAAAGUCUUUAGACUGGUAAGAAAGAUAUGCCGGUCUUAAUAUAUAACGUACAUUACAGUUUACAGUCAUCUACUAUAUAUUCUACUUGAAGAGAGGCAGAACUCAUAUCUCUCCUAGAGAACGAAAUUUAUAAUUGAAAGAAUGACUAUACCAGUAUAUCCUAGUUCAAGCUUGGAGGCACUCGAUCUGCUGCUUGAUUAAUUAAUUUUCUCAAGUCUGUUUUAGUCGGGGCAUACUGGGCGCAUACGCGAGUACUUACAUCAGUUAUUAGAUAGUGAAAACAACGUAAGUCCUGUGGUAACAAAUCUGUAAAUAAUGUAUACUUGUAGAGAGGAUUUCUGGUUUAAGGAAUAUUUAAUUUUUGA